AAAUUUGCGUUGAACAAGUUGUUAGGUAGUAUUAAAUGUGAUUUAAUCAGGUAAAGUGCAAAAAUAUUCGAAUAAUCGACAACUUAUAAUAGUUGCGCUGUAGUUCAGUCAUUUGUGUUGUAUUAGAAGUGGCGCAAAACUGCAGGGUUUGUUUUCGUAACGAUUAGGGGCAAUAGGACAUUGACAAAAAACAGGAAUGUUACGAAAAAUGUGACAGAAUGUCAUUCCCCUUGCAUCAUCUAUUUUACAAAAAAUGAUAUGAAAGUUACUUAUGAAUAACAUGACGUCUUUAUAUGUUAUCUUUAAUAACGUAUUAUGUAUACACAACAUAUGUUUGAUCACAAAAUAGAUUGAUAACUGUAUCUUUUAUGAUGGAUGUAAAUAUUAUGGAAGAUGAAGACGUAUCUUUUCAUUUGGGAGAAAUGUUUGACAGCUAUGAGCAACUGGAACAUAAAUUGGAGAGAUUUUCAAAACAUAGUCUAGUUCAUUAUUGGAGAAGAGAUAGUAGAACAGUUAACGGAGCUCAUAUGAAAACUGCUCGUCCAAUUAGUGAAUGUUUGAAAUACUAUUCAGUGAAAUAUGCUUGUAUCUAUGGAGGCCAAAAGUUUUUACCACGUGGAGCUGGUAGAAGACAAUCUCAGUCAAUAAGGACAAAUUGUCCAGCUCAUAUUAUGUUAAGGGCAUCAAAAGAUGGUACAAAGUUAGAAGUAACUAGUAUUAAUAAUGAACAUAAUCAUGAAAUUUCAGAGGAAUUGUUUAAGAACCUUCCACAAGAAAGAAAAUUAUGUGGUGAAAUUAAGCAAGAGGUACAAGAUCUCAUGCAAUUACAUAUUGAUCGUAAGAGACUAAAAGAAUAUGUACGAUUACGAACAAACAAGAUACUUAGAUCCAAAGAUUUAUUUAACAUAGCAGCAGCCAAUAAGCAAAAGAGAAAUAUAACGCCUGAAAGAGCGUAUCAAUUGUUUAAAAAAAUUCAUGAUAUAGAGAAGACGCAAGGCAGAGAUAAUGAUGGAAAAAUUUAUUCUGAAUCCGAAGAUGAAAUUGCGCAAACAAUAAAAAGGAUAAAGAAAGAACAAGAGUCUCCUUGGGGACAAGAUGGUCUACCAACCGAAUUGGAAGUAAGCGAAGGAAACGAUGGGGAUGAUUCGUAUAGCGGCCAAUUGACUCAAGAAGAAGUAGUAGAUGAAAUCGAUACUACAGAAGGUGAAAUAUUGAGAACAAGUAACGAUGGGGAUAUUAUAGCAACAAAUGGUGAAAUCGUAGGAGAAUUAGUAAUGCAAGAUGGGGAUCCAUCUGUAAUCGUUGAAUCCAUCGUAAAUGCUGACGGUUCUGUCUUUGUAGAUGAAAGAGAAUUUGAUACUUAUUGUAAUAAUCAUUUGUCACAGGCGGUAGACGGUAGUCAAUCCCCCGGCACUAGAGGCUUGGAUAUCGAUACCAUUACAUCUACUCCUAUACAACAAAAUAGGCCCCUUACACCUCGGUCACCACAAACGGUAAAGUCACCAACGAAUACUUUUGACGAAACUGCGGAUUCUAGGAUUUGGAUAAUGGAAGAUACUACGAAUGCUGGGGCAGAGACUGAAACUAAAUCCCAGACUAAAUUAACUGAGCCGAAGUCGACAACGAAUACAAAAACAGAUAUGAAUACUUCUGAAGUGAUAUUGUCAGAUGAAGCCAGUCAUCAGUUGCUUCAAGAGCAGCUAGCAGUACUUCGUGCCGAAAAAGGAAAGCUGUAUCAUGAAACAGAAAUGUUGAAGCUUAAAAAGGACAAAUUAAAGUUACAGAUGAACUGUUAUUCGAAUGAGAUACGAAAGCAAGAAAUGGAGAAGGAAAAAUUGAGACUUGAGAUUAAAUUGUUACAGUCAAAAGUUAUGGAAGAUUCCAAUGAUGUUUCUCAUUAUAUUUUUGUACCUUGAGCAAUCUUUUGCGAUGGAACGUGGAAUGCUGGAAUAGAAGAAAUGAUAUGUAGCGACUAGUCAAAACCUUUUUUUGAUUAAAAGCUACAGGAUAAUCAUUUUUGAUGAAACAAUUCAUGUGAUCAUAAAAUAUUCUUAGAAAAAUUUGUUUAUUUAUUUAAUUUUAUUGUACUGUCAUUAAUAAUUCGUAAUAUA